GCCAGCUAGCUAGCUAGCUGCACAACACCUACUGGUCGCGUUGAAAUCAAGACAACUCCUCAAUCUUCAGCCUCUCACCAUGGAUUUAAACGCUAUCCUGUCAAAGCUUGAAACUGCCAACGAGGAGGAAAUCGAGGAGCUUCUGCGGCAAUAUAAUCGAGAGAACAGUCACACCUUCAGUUUUGACCAAAAGGAGGAAAGCCUACGGAGUAAGCUUUGUCAGAGUGUGUUGUCAGUUCUUGGGAGGCAGGUGCAGCCCAGCUGUCAGAAGACAUGUCUGGAGACACUCCGCAUCCUGUCCAGGGACAAGCGUGUCCUCGCACCUGUAGCCACCCGGGAGGGCAUGCUGGUCCUGGGAGGAAUGGCGAGGCUGAAAGCUGGGGAGGAAGAAGAUGAAAACCAGAAAAGCACUCAGGAAGAUACCCUGUCAGAGGAGGAGGAGAGGGUGGUGGUUGAGGCCUUGAAGUGCCUAUGCAAUGUGGUGUACAACAGUCCUGCAGCUCAGCAGGUUAGUGUAGACGUGCAGCUGGCUCACGGCCUGUGUGCCAGCCUGCGUACUGCCCGCACAUGGCACCACGAGGUGGGCCUGUUCACACUGCGCCUUCUCUUCCUUCUGUCUGCGCUGAGACCUGAUGUGAGAGGGAUCUUGAAGAGAGACUGGCAUGCUGUGAGACGACUGACGGAGGUCCUGGAGCACACACUGGAUGUGAGCUGGGUGGGUCCCUAUGAAGCUGCUCAGCCAGAUCCGCAGGCCCUGCCCCUGCCUUCAGAGGACAAUGAGAGAGCAAUGGAGGCACUAAAAGCCUUGUUCAACCUCACACUGUCUGACCCUGGUGGUGAGGAGGAUGACCACCAGUUCCGGCUCAUCGCUGCCAUUCUGCGUCAUCUGUUGAUGCUGAAGACUGAGACCGAAGAGAAAACAGAGGAAGCACACAGUCAUGCCAUCAACCUGCUGAAUAACCUGCCUGUGUCCUGCCUGGACGUCUUAAUCGACGUGCCUGUCCAGGGAGGACAAGAACUGUAUGGUGGGAAAAACAUGGAUGCUGUCCAGACAUUAAUAGACUUCAUGGAGAAAAGGAUCGACAAGCAGGGCUCAAACUACAAAGAGGGUUUGACUCCGGUGCUCAGCCUUCUGACUGAAGGAUCCCGACACCACAGGGAGAUCCGCAGAUUUAUCAAAGCUCAGGUACUUCCCCCACUGAAAGAUGUAAAGAUCCGGCCAGAGAUCGGCACCACCACCAGAAACAAGCUGGUUCGCCUUAUGACACAUGUCGACAUGGGUGUGAAGCAGAGCGCUGCAGAAUUUCUCUUUGUCCUCUGCAAAGAAAGCGUGGACAACCUGUUGAAGUACACAGGAUAUGGAAACGCAGCAGGACUCCUGGUGGCUCGAGGUCUCCUCGCAGGAGGGAGAGGAGAGACUCAGUACUCCGAAGACGAAGACUCAGACACAGAAGAAUACAAAUCUGCAAAACCCUUCAUCAACCCCAUCACUGGGCACGUGGAGGAGCCGAUGCCAAACCCCAUCGAAGAGAUGACGGAGGAGCAGAAGGAGUACGAAGCCCAGAAACUUGUUAAUAUGUUUGACAAGUUGUCAAGGCAGAACGUGAUCCGGCCAAUGGGAGUCAGGCCUGAUGGGACAUUAGCACCUCUUGAAGAAACCCUCUGUGAUCCACCCGAGGACUCAGGAUCAGACUCUGACUAGUGCACUGCACAUUUAGGCCACAUUUAUUUCCCAGGCUAAGCCGCCUUUGGCCCCGACACAUCUGUAGCUGUGUCCCAUUUCAUGGUCUGGAUCAUUUGAAGGAAGGUGCCCAUGAGAUCCGUCAGAGGAGCUAAAAGCUGGAUGAACCAGUCUAGUGACACUGAGCAGAAGUCAGUCAAAUGAUCCACCUGCUGUACUGAUACCUCCCAAUAAAUCAUACUCUAUUAACUUAAAUUUAAAUUGGCAAAUAUCAGUACAAAGUGUGGAUCUAAAGUCAAGACUGCGUUCGAACAAUCCAAAAUGUAGGAUCCGCUUUCUAACUCGUAUCACCAGAUAGUCCCCUGAUAUUAUAAAAGUUUAAAUAGUGGUAACUGGGACAUGUGCUGUGAUACCGGAGUUAAAAUCACAGUAGUGCCGUCCUCACCAAGAACGACAACUAAAAAUAUAUUAUUUUAAACAUCAUUCUAACUCAAACAGAGGGUGGAGUCCACACCACAACUGUAACAACGAGCAUUAACUUUGGGAUCACUUUCAAAGGGUUUUGAUGAAUGAUGAAAACACAGCCAAUCAAAAUCAAACACUACAGCUGUGCAGCAACAACAUCAGCUUAUUUCACUUGUUUUCUUAUUUUUAUGAUUCAUAUUAAUAGGAAUAAUAAGUAAAAAGCAAAAUCAAGUACUGAAACUGCUGUUUCUGACUACCUCUUAUGUAGGCUAAUGGAUGGCAUUUAGGAAACACUAUUUAGAUGAUCUUCUCUAAUCAUGCAGCCUUGGCUAUUGUAGUGUACAGCUUAGUUAUAACAUGUAACAGGCUGCAAGUGAUAAAAAACUACAUUUUACAUGAGAUAUGCUGACAAAAAAAGUCUUUGGUGCUUAAGCUCAUUUGGUCGUAACUGAUGUGCUCUUAAAAGUUACUUAAGUAUGAGCCAGCAUUCAUUUAAGUGUGGAAAAAAAUUGGUUGUAAAAAGAUGACAACUCUUGUGUUAGAUUCUCCUAACUCAGGGAAACUCAACUUGCUUUGCCUGGGGAUCACUUUUGCAAACUGACAGGCCAGUGGCCAGUUGCAGCAGCCCCGUUCAGGUCAGGUGUUUAGGACAUUCGAGCUUAGUCGAGAACAUUUUUGGGCCCCACAGGCACUUUUUUUUGAUAAUCAAGCUCUAUUUCGAUGCUUAUUUUAUGCACUCUGGCACCUUAUUUACAUUCAAAGUACAACAAAAAAUUCCCAAUGUAAAUCAGUUUAGAAAAUGGUUGGUGGGCCACUCAGCUCCCUAUCUGGCUAUAAGUUGAGCAUCACUGCCCUAACUCCUCAGCAGUAACUACGGUAGUCAUUAUAUCCAUUCUCAGGCUCCGACAAAGGUGCAGCAUGAGUGCAUGCUACUGUUUACAGCAUGUUAUCAUUCAUCAGUGUGGAUACUCACAUUAUUAUUAUCGGUAUAACUCUCGUUCUAGGUGUGGACAGCCCUUUAACAAAUGCGGCAAGACUAAUAGCAAAUAAUGAAUCAGGUUAAUUGUAAUUGUAUCUAAUAGUCAACUAUUUCAGUAGGUUUACGUCUGAUCUAAUUUAAGUCAUUUAUAAUAUGACGGCCUGUAGAAAUGUGUCUUCUGGUGGUCUGGCCCUGAACUGGGACACAGCUCACAAUGUCCUCGGAAACUCUCGAGGCCCUGCUGCAGCAGUGAGACAUUCUCCAAAGUGGAACUUGAUGCACGACAGAAAGACUCUGCGGUGGUAUCAUAAUGCACACGAGGCCUCCAUGGUUACUGUUGCACCUUCCUCAUUUAUUUUCCACUCCCUAAGUUGAAAGAAAAAUAUAGGUAAUAAUAUAAUUCUUUGCUGGAUCAUGUGUAUUUCUCUGAAAGCACUGAUGUUAUGGUUUGCUUGAAAGUGUCAUUGGGUCGGUAUAAUCAUUCCUUCACCUGUGCUUUUUGUUUUUCACUUUUUCAUGUUUCUCUUUGUUUUUUGCUACAUGAUGAUUUUGUGUUUAUCUAUGAAUUCAAGUGCACAAUAUAAACAUACAUUUAAAUAAUUGAAAACUGUAGACGGUGAAGAUAGAGUAGUUGUUGGUUUAAAAUCAUGGGGCCUGUCCAGCAUGGACCACAGAAUUGAUCAAUAUUUAGAAAUCAGGCAGCGUCAGAGUGGAUAGAUAAAACUUGCUGUCUGGUUGUGUAAUUAUCAUGAAUGUUGCAAACCAAACUUUCUGAAUUCAGCCUUGCCUGUUCACCGUUCUCUCACUAAAAAGGGUUUUUGACAAGGAGACUUUUCAUUUCAAAUUUAGACUUUUAGUGGAGAGAUGCAACAUUUUCCUGUGGUGGAUGAUCGUAAACAGAUUGUUUCGGCCUGUUGUAGACUCUUGACAAAGAAAUGUGCAAACUGAAAUGAUUGUUUUCUAAUCAAUUUUACUUUUGCCAAAUUUGCAUGAUGUUAAAUCAGUGAUGUGCAUUUCUUUUCUAGAUUUAAAUUUUUGCUAAUUUUAUACAAAUCCACAAGUAUAGUGUCUGUAUAAAGCUGAAUAAUAUUUCCUUUUGUUGGUACAAUUUAAUUUAAUGUAAAAGCCGCCAGUUUUAAAAUGAGAUGGCUUCACCUUCACAACAGAUUAGGCCCCUGAACUGAAACCCUGCUUUGGAUACGUUUGUGUUUAAAAAAGAAAAUGCUGAAUACAAUCCAGAGAACAUUUUUCAUUAUUACAUGAAUCUGUGACAGUUCACUCGUUUAAUAGUGAAUUAUCAUGAGCACACUUUUCACUUGACGUGUGAAUAACCACUACUGCCUACUCAAACAUUUAGUCAGAUAAGUAAAAUAAAAGAACUAUUUAAAUUA